AUGACGUUCGCCAGGAUGAAGAGAAACAUUAUUUCAGCUGGGAGGAAUUCCCACCAAGAAUUGGAAGGUAUGUUUGAAGAAACAGUUGAAUAUAUGGGCAUGGAUGAUGCAGAAGUUGCUGCUCUUGAUGAUGCUUCCGCUGGUGGUGCUGCAGGUGCUCCUGAUGCUAAGACUUGUGGUUGUUUUAAGUCUUUUGGGAUGGUUGAUUAUCAAGAGGAGGGCACUACUUCUUUUUCCAGUAGUUCUCACAACGCACGGAGUGGAUCACAUAAAAGCAUCGAGAAGUUUCAAAACCUUCAGUUUCUUCAAGAAGAUUAUGCAGAUCUUGAAAUGUUCUCUGAAGAGGACGAACCUCUUAUUCCUAUCAUGGCAUUGUCAUUAACCCUAUGCGGGAGAAGAAAUGCAGCAAAUCUCCAAUACUUUCCAAACAUACCCAAAAAUGCUAUUAGGUUAUACCAGACAUACAAAGAAGAAUUUCAGAUUGGAUCUUGCUGUUUUAGUUUUGAAACAACACCACCUAAUGAAUUUGAUGGUUCUGGUGCUGGUGCUGGGGUUGUAAUGACAAUGCGAGAUAUGCAACCAUCUACGUUAAGAAUGAACGCAGGAGAACAAGAUAUUCAUGGUCCACGAAGGGGCGGCAGCGGUACUCGUAUUAUUCGUACACCUAUACGACCACUCUUUCCUUCAGGCUUCUACCAUAAUGUGCAAGUAAAUGCAAGAGUACUAUGUUGCAGCGAACAUCAUGAUAUAGAUGUAUUAGCUGCAAAUGCAACAUCUGCAGCUCUUAUGUUGUCAGACAUUCCUUGGGGUGGCCCGAUUGGAGUUGUGCGAGUAGGAAGAAUACAAGGAGAAUUUGUUGUUAACCCCGUGAAGUCUGAACUUGCAUGUUCUGAUAUCGACUUGAUUUAUGCUUGUACUCGAGAUAAGGCGCUAAUGGUAGAUGUGCAAGCUCAGGAGGUGUCAGAAGAAGAUCUUGCAGCGGCGCUAAACCUAGCACAUCAAGAAGCUGCCAAAUAUAUUGACCCUCAGAUUAAAUUGGCUAAACAAGCUGGGAAAUGUAAGAAAGAUUACAAAUUAUCAAUGCUGGUUAAGGAUAGCACUGUCCAGAAAUUCGAUAGCUUGGCAGAAGCACCAUUUGAAGCUGUUUUCUUUCCUGAUUCUGCUGCAUGUGAAAAGACUAAAGGUGCAGAAUAUUUGGCAAAAAUUAUUGGAGAUGCAAAUAAAGUACUAGAGGUAGAGGAGAGCCAUGAUAUAGAAAAAAUAGAGCCGCUACAUCCAUAUAUGGUGGACAAACUGCGGAAAAAGAUUUUCCAUAGAUGGAAUGUUGAAAAUGGUAUUAGAAUUGAUGGGAGGCACUUUGACGAAGUUAGACGAGUAGAUUGUAAAUACAGUCGAGUCUCGUCAGGACUACAAGGUUCGUCAUUUUUUUUGUGUGGGGCGACUCAGGUUUCGUGCACCGUGACACAAACAAUACCAGAAACGGAUGAAGCUGAACCUCAUGCUGAGUUUGUGGAUGCUAAGUAUAGGCACUUUUCUAACAGAAGAUCCUGUGACAUGAUUAUUAGUUACCCCAGAUACUUAUACAAGACUCGACCCUUUAGGAUUGAUGGAGACUGGAAAAAUUGCGGAAACAGCGGUAAUGAAGAUGAGGAUGGCAGUUUUAUGGAGAAUGCUUUUGUUGCAGUUUUACCUAAAGAAGAUACUUUCCCUUAUGUUGUUCGUUGCAACUCACAAGUUGUACGUCAUGAUGGUUCUGCCUCUACGGCCUCUGUUUGUGGAGUGAGCAUUGCAUUAAUGGACGCUGGUGUCCCGCUAAGGAAACAGGUGGCAGGCGUUUCAAUGGGUCUAGUAAGGGAAGUUCACUCUGGAAGUACUGUGCAUGCUUACCGGUUUUGA